AUGGCCUCCCUCUGGCUCCUCUCCUGCUUCACCCUCAUCGGGGUCUCCGUUUUCAUACACCCGAAGUUCAACUUGCGCAGUCUCUACAGUGACAUCGCCCUGCUGAAGCUGGCCUCACCUGCUCAUUUUCAUCACUCAGUGUCCCCUGUUCCCCUGCCAAGUGAUGGUGGCUUCUUCCCUUCUGGAACCCGGUGCAAAAUUGUGGGCCUGGGGUUCCUGUACCUCAAUAGGACAGUUCGCCCUAUGCGGCUGCAGCAGGCCACUGUUCCUCUCUUGUCCGUGGCCACCUGCAAGCAUUUCUGGUCCAUCUUCAGCCCCUACGCCAUGAUCUGUGCUGGGAUGGAAGGUGCCAGCAACUACCUUGGUGACUCUGGUGGAUCCCUGGUCUGCCGCAAGAGGAGAAAAUGGUCACUGGUGGGCAUCUUGUCCUUUUUCGAAGAAAACCAUCCCACAGGAAGGCCCUUUGUGGUUACUCGUGUCUCAGCGUUCAUACCCUGGAUUGAGGAGAUCAUGUCUCAGAACUGA